UUAAUGAUUUCACUCACGACCGGUACCACAAAACAUGGGUUAACUUCUACCCCUGUAUCUUGCUGUUCUUUUGUUCUUUCUUCUCUCUUUCUCUCUCCUUCAACGCAUCCCAACCCUGUGGCGCUAUACCCUCCUAGAUCUACUCUCUAACCGCUAUACAGGCUGGUACUAAGAGCUGUGGUUAGUCAUAGAUGGCGCUCUCAGCUUCACGGGCAAUGUCAAAGGGUGUGGUGGUAUCUGUGCCUGUUCUGGUUCUAUCUGCUUUAGUGGCUACUGUUUUCCUGUUCUUCCUUUUGUCCUCUCUUUCAUCCUGCUCCUGCCCUACUCCUUCAGAAAUCUCUGCCUCCAAUGUUAGGAGUGUUGGUGUUGGUAUUGGUGUUCCUGAGUCUAGCAGCGGUAAUGUUCCGUUAGCCACAAGGAAGGAGUCUAGCAGCAGUAAUAUUCCGUUAUCAACGAGGAAGGAGGAUGUUGAGUGGGUGAAGAAUCAAAUCCAAGCAAAUGGGCUUCAUAUGCAUGACAAUGUGCUUCGCAAGGGUAUUAACCCUCGCACUCGGGCUCAGCAACUUGAGGAUCUUAGACAAUUUAAGGGCAUAUCUCACUAUGAGGGACCUGAUUCAGAUAAUCACACAGCCUUGCCAUGCCCUGGGGAACUACUAGUUGAAGAGCACCAUAGCAACUAUGGUGAACCUUGGGCCGGGGGAAGAGAUGUGUUUGAGUUUCUUGCUGAAGCCAGUCAACUUAGAUCAGACUCACAGGUGCUAGAGAUAGGCUGUGGCACUCUUCGAGUUGGUUUGCAUUUCAUUCGAUACUUAAAUCCUGAACACUUUCAUUGUCUUGAAAGGGAUGAGCUCUCUUUGAUGGCUGUAUUUAGGUAUGAGCUUCCUGCCCAAGGCCUCUUAUACAAACGGCCUUCGAUUGUUAAGGGGGAUGACAUGGAUUUCAGCAGGUUUGAUUCUGGCAUAAUGUAUGAUUUGAUUUAUGCUAGUGCUGUAUUUCUUCACAUGCCUGAUAAACUCGUGUGGACUGGAUUGGAAAGAUUAGCAUCUAAAUUGAAACCUUAUGAUGGACGAAUCUUUGUAUCACAUAAUAUAAAGUUCUGUUCAAGGUUGGGAGGAGAGGAAUGCACAAAGAGGCUUGCAAGUUUGGGGCUUGAGUAUCUUGGGAAGCAUACUCAUGAUAGCUUACUAUUCAAUCACUAUGAGAUAUGGUUUGAAUUUAGACGGUCAAAGGCAUAAUAUCUGGAUUGAUUCUAUAAAGAGGCAUCAGAAACAUCUCUAAAUGUCCUCAUGGAACUAAAUGUGCUUUGUUCAUCACGAGAAAUCUUCAGCAAUUCGAUGAUAUCCUUGCUUUGAGUUCUAAGAGGUGGCAUUUUUUUUACUCAGUGGUUCAUCUCGUGCCAGAAAUCUUAAUUCUAAAGAGAGAAGAACCAUAUGUAAUUUUGAUUGAGGACUCUACAAAGGCAAGGAGAUUUGUAUUAUUUUUUGGGGCCCUUUUGUAAUAGUGCUAGCUUGAAGUUUACAUUUUCACUCUGUUUCUAUGUAGAUUCUCAUAUUAUAGUUGUAUUUAGCAGUCUUACUAUCUUGCAACCGAUUGUUGUUUUGACUUUUGACCAUUAUUACACUAGCUGCUAUCUAACAUGUGCAAUGAUGAUACAAUGUUGAAUA